UAUCAGACAGGUGUUGGGUCUGCGGAAAUGUUUCGUAGUAACGGUUCUGUGGCGGUGUGCGUGAGUCAUCUCGUCCAUUGAGCGGCGGCGGCAGCGGCGGUCCAUUGAGCGCCUCAUUACCGCUCCGCCGGCCGGCCCAGCGCACACGCAUCUCGCGCCGCUCGCCGCCUCUCGCCGUCUCCGACGCACUGCCUACGAUGUUCGCUCCCAACGCUCGAUGCAACAUGGAGAACUUCUCCAAAUCUCACAUUUGGCUCGCCGCAGCGGCGCUGCUAGCGGCCUGUGGAGGGUGCACCGGCGCGGGCGUCGGCGGCAGGAGGCCGUUCACUCCCACCGACUCUAUCCUUGACAUUAUAGACACCGAGCAGGUUGAGAGGAUUCUCGCGGCCCGUCGUCGCGCCGAGCAGGCCACCGCCACCUCGCCUUCAUAUGUUCAGAGGAACGAGCUAGGGGAAGGCACCUCUGACACUAUGAUCGUUUCGAUGCCAGAUCAAGAGGACAGUACGGAAUUGCCCCCGGGAGUUGAUUUCCGCAAAAUUCUAAAAUCUUCAAGGAAUGCCCUUGUUGUUACAAAGAAAGAAUACUUGAAGCAGGAUUGGUGUAAAACGGAGCCUUUGGUGCAGAAAAUAAGAGAAAAUGGCUGCUUACCGGCGACCGUAAUUAACAACUUUUGUUAUGGACAGUGCAACUCAUUUUACAUUCCAAAAGGACCGCGCCGUCGAGACGGAAGCGACGACCGACCUGCGCCCGCCUUCAAGUCCUGUUCUUUCUGCAAGCCUAAGAAGUUUACUUGGAUCACGGUCACGCUUAAGUGUCCGGGGCAGAGGUCCCUUUACAAGCGUAAGCGGCUGCAGAAAAUAAAACAGUGCAAGUGUUUACCGGUAGGAGUUGUGAAUUGAUCAUGAACUUGUGCAGGACCCUCAGCCGAGGCGGUGCAACCGUCAGAGCGGCGCCCGGCGCCGCGCCCCCGGCCGCGGGAGCGACGAACGGGGUGUAACUCCGAGGAAAGCGAAUUCAGCUCUCACGAGGUUUUGUACAAAACGAAUCGUUACCCAUUGUUUUGAUAAGACGUAUUACUUGUGCAUUUCAAUUGUAACUCGGAGAAAACUGGUUAAAAAGUUCGUAUCGCAUGCUCUCAUACGUCAAUAGGCAUAACGUCAUGUGACGCAUUUAAUAUGGAAUAAUAGUGUAGCUUGUUAUAGCGGCUUCGAUUGCAAGUCGUAAGUGAGAGCUUUAAAUUAUUAGCGAGAACGUUUUAAUGGUAGUGUAGGCAGUGCAACUC